CUGACAUAUCAGAACGGUCAUGGUGGUCCUGCUGGCCCACUAUGGGCUCUCGACUUGAUGCGACAUCUAGCGCUGUGCGCAAGCGCAUAGAAAAUCAUGACUUCCAGGAUGAAGCGGGCGAAGAGUAUGAAGCGUCCAGCUUCGGCGGUUUCGGAGACUAUAUGCGACGCAAAAAGAUCAAAUUGCAAAAUCUAGAUGCAGAUAUUCGAGCCACUUCUGGAGACUGUCCACCAAUAUUUCGUGGAGUCGUCGCGCAUGUCAACGGCUACACGCAGCCGUCCCUACAAGACCUCCACCGCCUGAUCGUCAGCCAUGGCGGUGGGUUCCUUCAAUACUUGGAUGGCAAGACCAUCGCGACUCAUAUUAUUGCAAGUUCUUUGACCCCGAAGAAAUGCGAGGAAUUCCGGCGAUACCGCAUCGUGAAACCGGCAUGGGUCACAGAAAGUGUUAAAGCUGGUCGAUUGCUGCCCUGGCACGACUUCCGUGUUGUGGACGAGGGUCAAUCCCAGAGAGUUCUCAAGUUUGACGAUGGUCGCUUUACCAGCCAAACAAACACUCCUCGGGCUGGCUAUCGAGAACAAUCAAAAUCGAGCUGGUACAAUUCUCAGCUCAAAGCGAUGACAGCAACUGAUGGAAGCCCUGUUCCCUCUACAAGUGCACCCAAAACGCCGCCUCUUUCGACCCAGUCAGCACAACUACCCGAAGCAACUCCCAACUUGCCGUCUCAGCCUACCCAAUCCGACUAUGGAGACUUUCCUAGUUUCGCUGCUUUAGAAGAUGAUGUAGAAGGGGAAGCAGUUGCCCAGGAACAGGAACAGCAGCACGAGCAAAUUAUUCCAGUCAAGCCUAGCAUACAAACUUCUAUUGAUACCACGCCAAGCGAUGCGGGUAGCCGUACACCCCGACGGCCGCAGAAUUUGCAAAUUACCUCGCCGACGAAACAAAUGAGCCCUCCAAAUCCUCAGUUGACCUCUGAGGAGUAUAAUGCACAACUUUUGACUGAUCCCCGGAUGAGAAAGUCCAGUGUGGUCAAUCCAGAAUUUCUUCAACAAUACUACCGAGAGUCCCGGCUCCAUCAUUUGUCAACAUGGAAAGCUGAUCUGAAAGCCCAGCUUCAGGCUGCGACAAGAGAGAAAACAGUUUCCGGCACUUCUCAAAGGAGGCCUCCACCAGGAGCUAGGAGAUAUAUUCUCCAUGUCGACUUCGACUCAUUCUUCGCCGCUGUGUCCAUUCUCAAGCAUCCAGAGCUUCGCGAAAAACCUGUUGCUAUUGCUCAUGGGUCUGGGUCUGGCUCCGAGAUUGCAAGUUGUAACUAUGUUGCACGUGGACAUGGGGUCAAGAACGGGAUGUGGAUGAAGGGAGCUAUGCAGGCAUGUCCAGACCUUCAGGUUUUGCCUUACGAUUUCCCCGCAUAUGAAGAUGCCAGUCGGAAAUUCUACAGUUCGGUGCUUUCUGUCGAUGGCAUUGUGCAAAGCGUAAGCAUCGAUGAGGCUCUGAUUGACGUUUCCAACCUCUGCCUGGAGGCCGGGGGAUCGGACGGGAAAGGUGUCUCGGAGGGUUCGAUCUACCGCGAGCAAGCCAAAGCCGAUGAGAUAGCGCAGGGUUUGCGUGAUUCCAUCAAGGAGAAGACUGGGUGUGCGGUGUCAGUGGGGAUUGGUGGCAACAUUCUGCUCGCCAAAGUGGCAUUGCGAAAGGCAAAGCCUGCCGGACAAUUUCAUUUGAAGCCCGAUGCUGUUUUAGAUUUCAUUGGGAGCCUUACCGUCCAAGAUCUACCUGGCGUUGGAUACAGUCUGGGGUCGAAACUGGAAGAAAUUGGGGUGAAGUUUGUCAAGGACACCAGGGAACUCACUAAAGAAAGAUUGUGUGCCAGUCUGGGGCCAAAGACUGGAACUAAGAUCUGGGAGUAUGCACGGGGCAUAGACAAGGCUGAGGUCGGCAAUGAAGUGAUCAGGAAAUCUGUUUCGGCCGAGGUCAAUUGGGGAAUUCGGUUUGUCAACCAAGAUCAGGCAGAGGAUUUUAUCAAAUCUCUCUGUGAAGAGCUAGCUCGGAGAUUGGUCGAGAAUUUGGUCAAAGGCAAACAACUUACACUGAAAGUUAUGCGGAGGUCGAUGGAUGCACCGCUGGAACCAGUCAAACAUCUCGGUCAUGGCAAAUGCGAUGUCUUCAACAAGAGCGUCGUCAUUGGCGUGGCCACAAAUGCAUCCGAUAACCUAGGCAGAGAAGCUGUGUCAAUGCUGAGAAGUUUCAACUUCUCUCCCGGUGAUCUCAGAGGUCUCGGAGUCCAAAUGACCAAGCUCGAGCCGCUGAAGGCUGGUCCAUCGACUACCGUCGAAGGCAGUCAGCGGCAACUCAACUUCCUCAAAUCUCCUUCGCGCAAGAGCGUUGCCGCCAAUGUCGACCCCGAUGAACUGGAAAGUCCCCGAAAGGGUGAUUCGGCUCGAAUUCAAGUCGACCCAGUUCUCAGCAAUAGCGCCCACAAGCCGCUGAACAUCUCUGGCUCGCAGUUCAUCAUGCCUACUCAGGUAGAUCCAAAGGUUCUCUCCGAGCUUCCAGGGGAUAUAAGAUCAAGGCUUGUAGCCCAAGCAAAGCCACGACAGGAACUGCCACGAUCCGGCUCCCCAUGUCCGCCACCUCGCCGACGCAUAGUCGAGCCUAGUGCUGCAGCGCCGCUUCCGCCUCAGUCCCAAUUAGACCCCGAGACACUAGCUGCAUUGCCUGAGGAUGUUCGUAACGAAGUCCUUGGCUACUAUAAUCAGCAGACUAGUACUACUGCCCCUGACCCUCCGCCAGCCAUUCCUUCGGCCUUGGCAGUACCGGCUUCACACGCCAUGCCUCAAAGUGCGUCACUCAAGCUCAAGAGACCAACAUCACCGCCAAAAAAGAGGCGUGGUCGUCCGCCAAAAUCAUUAUCAAGCAGCAAUAAGUCAAUGACUCAGACGAACUUUGCUUUCCCUCUACCUGCAGCUCCGUCUACCGGUAUUUCAGUCCCAUCGAAUCGAGAAUCCCUAUCUCGCCCACAGUCGCCAGCUGUCGAAGAGGAAUCAGAAGUUUCAGCUGAUUUCCUCGCUGCACUUCCGGAGGAUAUCCGACAAGAGGUUCUCGAGGAGCAAAGACGCGCUCGCCUUCAACGAGCUCGCGCUGCCGCUGCAACCGCCUCGAGGCCCGUAUCUCAGCCUCAACCUUCCGGCCCUGCCUCUGGUACUCCUGCUCUACCUCCCGUCGAAAAGACAUUACCUCUUCCUCCUCUCCCGGAGCGACCUGUAUUCACCUCGCGGCGGCUGUCGGGCUUACCCGAUCUGCGUGAUGCCGUGGGUGCCUGGCAUUCUGCUUUUGCGGCCGAUGGUCCCUACGGUGAAGACGUAGAGGUACUAUGUGUAUACCUCCGACGUGUCAUUGCCGAGGAGAAGGAUAUUGAUAAAGCGGUGUCUGUGGUGCGCUGGUUAAUGUGGUUAGUGAGUGAAGAUUCACUUCACCGAACUCCAGUGGUGAGCCAAAGUCCGCCGUCUGGACAGGGUGAACAAGGUGUUGUAACUUGGAAAAGCGCAAUUGGAACAAUGCAGCAAAGUGUACAGGCUGCAUUGGAAGAGAGGGAUCUUCCACCGGUGGAUUUUGACUAG